GGCUUGUCAUCUAAGUACAGCCUGUCCAGGGUCCCCUCUGUGUCUCUCAGUGAUGGUGCAGCAGAGUCAGUUUCUAUGGAAGUCAUCUCUGAUGUGGAGGAUAUUUAUACAGCACCAUCAAUGGAGCAUAUUGUGUCUUCAACUGCUGCUGUUGUCGGCAUUUCACCAGCGGUGUCUGCUAGAUGUUCCUCAAAUGACAUGUCUGGAAGAACUUGUUUCGAAACAGCAGUAGUGGGAGCAGAGAUACCAGAGAAACACACCUCUCCAAAAGUUUCUCCACAGACAUCUUUAAUGUCAGCUCAUGUUGGUCAAUCUAUGAGUGGUACAGACAUUUCACCAAAAUCUAGUCUGGAUGGGUUUUCCUCUAUUGGUGAAAGAGCAGCAGAAUCAGCUUCUAGCGAAGUGAUGUAUAUGGAGGAGAAGUAUAAAGCAUCAAUGGCAGAACUACCAGGGUCUCCAGCUGCUGUUGGAGGCACUUCACAAGCAGUGUCUGGUAGAUGUUCACAAAGUGACAUAGCAGAAAGAGUCCCCUCUGAAACAAUAGUAGGGAGACACACAUCUUCCAGAGUUUCUCCACAAACAUCCGUGAUCUCAGCUACAGGCUUGUCAUCUAAGUUCAGUCUGGCCAGGGCUCCCUCUGUGUCUCUCAGUGAUGGUGCAACAGAACCAGCUCAGAUAGACAACAAAACACUGUCAAUGGAUGAGCUUAUGACGUCUCCAUUGUAUUCUCAUUGGUCACCAGCCGGUUCUGAAAGUGACUUAUUAGGCUUAUUAAAAAGAGCUCCCUCUGAAACAGCAGUGGAUGGAGCACACAGAGUGUCCUUGGUAAGGAUACCCAGUAGAGUGGAGAGUGUGAUGAGAACAGCAGCGACACCAGAGAGACACACAUUUCCCAGAGUUUCUCCACAGACUUCUUUUACAGGUGUUGUUUCUGAUAUGACAGUUUUCUACAGAGAUUCAUCUAUGGGAGAAUUACCUCUUUCUCCAUCUGUUGGUGAGGAACUUGUGGAGGAGGCUUACGAAGUACCAUCAAUGGAGAAGAAGGAGAUUUCAUUUGCUUCGGUUGGUAGACUUUCACCAAUAGUGUCUGCAAGACAUAUUGGAAGUGGUUUAACAGGAAGAGCUUUCUCUGAAACAGAAUUAGUGAGACCAGAGACACCAGAUAGACACACAUCUCCCAGACUUUCUCCUAGAGUUUCUCCACAGUCCAGUCUGGCCAGGAUUUCCUCUGCACCAUCAAUGGAGGAGCCACGGAUGUCUCCAACUGCUUCUGUUGGUAGACUUUCACCAGUAAUGUCUUCUGUAAGAUAUUCUGGAAGUGGUUUAUCAGGAAGAGUUUUCUCUGAAACAGAACUAGUUGAUGCAGCACACAGUGUGUCCUUAGUCAGGAUACCCAGUAAAGAGGAGAGUGUGAGGAGAAGAGCAGAGACACCAGAGAGACACACAUCUCCCAGAGUGUCUCCUAGAGCAUCACAAAGAGUUUCUCCACAAAUCUCUCUUGUAUCAGCUCAUGUUGGUGAAUCUCUGUCUGGUACAGCCAUUUCUCCACAUUUCAGUCUGCCUAGGAUUCCCUCUGCACCAUCAAUGGACAGACCCACAUCUCCCAGAGUUUCUCAAAGAGUUUCUCAAAGAGUUUUUCUACAAUCCAGUCUGGCCAGGAUUCCUUCGGCACAAUCAGUGGAGGAGCUACUGGUGUCUCCAUCUACUUCUGUUGGAAGAAUGUCACCAGCAGUUUCAAGAAGAUCUUCAAAAAGUAGUUUAUCAGAAAGAGCUCCUUCUGAAACCAUCAUAAGAUAUUCUGAAAGUGGUUUAUCAGGAACAGAACUAGUUGAUGCAGCACAGAGAGUGUCCUCAGUCAGGAAACCCAGUAGAGAGGAGAGUGUGGGGAGAAAAGCAGAGACACCAGAGAGACACACAUCUCCCAGAGUUUCUCCUAGAAUGUCUCCCAGAGUUUCUCCACAAUCCAGUCUGGCCAGGAUGUCAUCUGCACCAUCAAUGGAGGAGCAGCUGGUGUCUUCAACUGCUUCUGUUUGCAGGAUUUCACCUGCAGCAGCAAUGGAAGCAGCACACCAAGAAGAGAGUGUAGGGAGAACAGCAGAGGCACCAGAGAGUCACACAACUCCCAGAGUUUCUUUCAGAAUAUCUCCACAGACAUCUAAGACAAGCGUCCUUUCUGAUGUGGCAGUUUUGUACAGACCAUCCAUGACUGCAGGACUUUGUCUUGAGGUUUUAGACAUUGAGUCUGACCAGGUGAAUACGUCAAUGAGUGACAUCAGAGCACAAUUUCCCUCUGACACUGCUGCAAUGGAGACAGUACACAGAGAGUCCUCAGGGAGGAUACCCAGAAGAGAGGAGAGUGUGAGGAGAACAGCAGAAACGCAAACAUCUUAUGCAUCAGGAGUAUUGGACAACAGCACACAGGUUUCACAAACGUCAAUCCGCCUUUGUGAAGAGGUGACUGCCUACCCUACAGAAGUGCAGCAGGGGACCCUGAGACUUGGAGUUUAUCUAGGAGUUUUUCCAGCCAAUGUUGUUGGGCCUCAAAACAAUAGAACUCAAAACACACGUUCACAGGGUGUGCAGACUAUUCCAGAUUAUCAUGGCCCGCCCUCACAGACCGUUCCUAUUGGAGCAGGACACAUCACUCAUGAUGCUCAGCCCGCCCGCGAGAAUUACACCAAUCAGGUCUGGACACUCUACCACUUGGCCAAUGAGACAGAAGAGGGCACACUGUCCACUAAAGUUAUCUCUCAGCCUCCAUACAAUGGCAGUGCUUACAUUUGCAACUUUGGGCCUGGCCAUGUGUUACUGGCAGAGAGGUCCCCUUCCCCUCAGCAAUCUGAAGCCCAGUCCUGGAGUGGCCAACCCAGACAACAGCCCCAGCUCCAGCCCCAGCCACCACCCUUCCCAAUGAGCCCAAGAAGGGCCUUCACACACAUGGCACAGCCCUCAACCCUCUCCACUCCUUCUCUACCCCAGAUCAGCAUCCCCAACUUCUUCAUGCAUCCCCAACUUCUUCCUGUGUCUCUGGGCAAGAGCGUUCUUAGCGUUCCAACCGCGAUGCAGACCAGGUGGAGGUCUGCUGCAGUCAGGUCGGAUGACCCCCCGGGGUACCUGUCAUUCUCCGUUCCCAUGGAGACGGUGAGCGGAGGUUCUGGUCAGGACCAGUUCCUUCAGGUCAUCAGUGAUGAGGGGAACACUGUUUACUCCCCCGCUCUCAUACGUAUCGUCACCUUAGAACCCACAGAGGAAGAGGACCAGGAAGGAGCCAGGAGGUGGCCAACUAGUGCCCCAUUUAAUUGGUAGGGGACUGUUGUCUAGUGCAGGGUUUCCCAAACUCGGUCCUGGGGCCCCUAGGUGCACAUUUUGGUUUUUGCCCUAGCACUACACAGCUGA